CUUGUUUUUAAACCAGAAAAAUGUCUGAUGUGUCUUCAGAAUCCGAUAAUUCUGAUCAGGUAUCCGUUGGCAGCGUCAGUAGUGAACGAUACAGUUCAAGCGAUAGCGAUGAGUACAAGUUUGAAGACAAUUUCUUGCCUUAUCAAGACGAGCCCUUGGCCAGCUCUAGUGACGACCAAACAGAAGAAUUAAGCGAUGAAGAACUCGAUGAAGACGGGAUUUCUCGACCUGUCUUAGAGCAACGAUACGAAAAACAAAUCCCACUUCAACAGUGGUAAGGAUUUCAUAUUUUGCUGGUGAAAAAUCUUCAUCUCAAGCGAUAAAAUACUCAGGUUUUCUCAUUGCUUUUUUUACUAUAGGUGUACAUGUGGUGGAUGUGAUGAUUCGCUUCUUGUCGGCGCUCGUGAAUUUCGAUGCUGCAAGGAAAUACUCGAAGCUACAGGGAAAUUUACGUUCGAAGGGAUGAAUGCAGCAUGUAUUUUAAGCCACCAUGACUUUGCUCCAAUGACGAACCGAACAGUCCUGCUGCAAGUUGGACCUUUGCUAAGAGAUAAGAGUGGGAAACGAUACCAAAAGUCUGGCCAUACAGAAAAUGAGUAAGUGCCUGAUUUUUCAAUAUAAAGUAAUAUUACUUAUAUUGAUGCUACAUAGAUUAUACUCUGUACAUCACUACCAUCUUUUGCAAUCUUUUUCUUGAUAGGUUUCUGCGAGCUGUUGCUUACAGAUGGUUAGCAAGAUGGCUGUUUGGGGAAAUGGGAUGGGAAAACACCAGACCUCUCUCUGCUUGCAUAUACCAAAAAAUAAGGAAAACAUUCGCCACAAGCAACACUGUUGGAUACACUUCUGGUCAAGAAAGAGCAAGUGACCAUUAAAGUUGGGGUAUACUGUGACUGUAUUUUAGGCCCUGUUUAUAUGAGACUGGGGCAACCGAUGAAGUCUGACUGGGAUGAAAAUCAAGACCGAUACUAUCUUUCAAUUUAUUCCCCUUGCCCAUCAUUUUCUUACAGUGCUUUUGUGAGUAUGCAUUGUUCUGAAGCCAAGAGCACUGCCUAGAUCAGUCUGAAAUGUAUUUGUGUUUACAUUCACCCCACUCCAAUUCAUCGAGGCCUGAAGAUAGUCAAUUCAGCAAGCGGGAUAGCUUCAGACCGGUCUGACCAAUUUAAUUUCGUCACAGCCUCAUGUAGACAUCUAUUAUAAAUAAUACUCUGGUCAAAAUCAAAUUUUCCCGGUUUGACUUCAUCCCAGUCUAAUGUAAACAAGGCCUUAUUUUUAAAUGACCUGUAGAACACUACUAAGGGCCUGUUUAUAUGGAAGCCGCCCAGCUGGCCCGCUUAGUGAGACAGGAUGAAUUUCUCUUGUGUUUACCGGGCUGUCUUGCUUAGCAGGCCAGCCCGGCUUCCAUAUAAACAUAUAUGGGAUCCAGGCCAGCUUGAUAAGUGGCAUGUAUUCUGGCAAGAAUAAAUAUUAUCCUACUUGCUAGAAUGAUUAGGCAGUUAAAACAAUAGCUAGCAUUUUCCUAUGAAAAUAUUUGUCUUAAUUGUUUGUAUGUCCAAUUCACAAAGGAACUGUAGUGGCAUGAUAAUAUCUUGUUAAAUAGUCACCCUACUCAAUAGACCCUUCCAAUGUUAGCAAUGCUAUAAUUAAACACAAUAGCUAGUGCAAGGGGUACAAACACAACAGAAUUCCCUAUAUAUAAAUUUGCAAGGGGUGCAAACACAAGGGUGAAAAUAUUCAAAUGGCAUCUUUAACCUUGGAAGGGCCUAUUGGCUGACCUGACUCCUUAAUUUAGUUUCUAUGAUAUGAAUACAAAUUGACCAUCCAGCCUUGCAUAAGCUUUGUUAAAUGCAUGAGCUUUGGUAAUAAAUAAUGGUCUUUGUUUUUGAUACCAGAAAUAGAAAAAUAAACAACAUUUACAAAUUGACAUGAAGUUUAUGUCACCUAGAAAUAAAGAGCUAAAACAUAGAUUAUAUACAAUCCAAAGUUUUGAAAGUAUUUAAUCUUGAUCAGAGAUUGUCAGCAUCAUUCGUUACUGUCUGGGGGUGCAGUUGCUGCAUCAGGGCAGUGAGACCGAGGAUGACCUUUCAUCGGUUGCUUGCACUUUUUACAGCAUCUUGUUUUUUUUUGUUUUGGUUGUUGUUGUGCCUGCUUCUCUUUUGCCAUCUCCUCAGUUUGUAUUUCACCUGCAAAUUUGAAUUGGAUUUAGUAUAUGUAUUGGCAGGGUGUUAGUGCAUUUUAAUUAAUAAGAGAAAAUUGAAUACCUGAUGGGAACAAUUCUGCUACUUUUCGUUUCCGAGCACUAUUCCUUGUGAUAGCAUCGUCCCGAGGAGUUUUAUUUGUGAAUGUACUGUUUAACGGUUCAGGGACCUUUCUCUUGUACUUCUUCUUGAUCUUGU